AUGGCGGCGGCGGGAGCUCGCCAGCUGCUGGCCUGGAGCUGUGUGGCGCCUCUGAGCCAGCCCCAGGGCACCCGGUGUUUGGGAGUCACGCACACUCGCCAGGAUUGUGACGUUAAAGACUAUAGGAAAAUUCGAAUUGUACGUCAUCAGAAAGAGGUGAGUGAAAACUUUGCCAUUGAUAGCAGAGCCAAUCUGAGUGAAGUUGAGAGUGAUAGUGUGCGACGGCGGUGGGGGGCGCUUGGUCACAUGAAAGUGUGUAAGCUGAACAAAGCAACAAAAACUGGGAGGCAACUAGACUGUGCACGCCUGUCAGAUUCAAGGCUGGUAAGACCGGUGGUCGUGCUUCGGACAGUCCUGGAGAAGUUUGGGUGGUAG